AUGUACUGCAAAUGCAAAUGGCAGUUCAUAAGCCUUCCCUGGCAGGGAAUCCCUGCUGCUUGCAUUGCGUCGUCAUACUCGACUCCCCUUCACUUCCUUUCACAUGCCGUCCCCUCACCUACAGACCGAUGCGCCAGCAAGAUUUGCAGCGAGAACACCACGUGCAUUCUAGAUAGUGCAGGAGCAGCGGUCUGUGUUUGCAAACCCGGCUUUCUUCCGCAGCCUGAUGGCGUGACAUGUGCUGGUACGUUCCGAUGCCCCGCCACAUGUGGGAGCUGCCCUGCAGGAGCCACGUGCACUGUUGCUUUUGGCUACAUUCCAUACUGCAUCUGCCCUCCCAGCUAUGGCAUGACCAGCACCGGGCUGCGUCAGCGCAUCACCUUCUACGAUCAGCCCAACUACACCAUCACGCCCACCACCUUCACCACGCGCCUUGACUUCAACGCCUGCACCACCCUCCCUGCCUUGGUUGCCUCGAGAGUGCGAUCGUAUCUGCGCAUAGACGGGGUUCCUGGAGGGCUGGGGGAGUGUGUGGCUCUCAACCAGUACAGCCAGGAGGGGUGUGCUGGAGCGUACACUUCAGUUCCCUUCACACUAUGCCCUCCCCUCACUCAUAGACAGUGCCCCUCUCGUUCUUUCUCUCUUCCAUGCGCUCUCUCGUCCCUCUUUGUUGCUUCUGUCCCUAAACCUUGUGUCCACUUCACUCCCUUUCAUUCUCCUCCCACAGAGGCGUGUGGGACCAAGAUCUGCGAUCCCACAACUGACUGUGUGAGGGAUGCUGCAGGCGGUGCAACCUGUCCUCUGUGCUUGCGUGUGCUCCAACCUGAUGUGCCAUGCUGUGCUGCUCCAUGCCGUGAUGUGCUGGGCGGUGCCGUGCAGCUCUUCUCGUCUCACUUCCCCAUCUUCCCAGGCCCCGCGGCCCCACCACAUGUGGGAGCUGCCCUGCAGGGGCCACGUGCACUGUUGCUUUCGGCUACAUUCCAUACUGCAUCUGCCCUGCCGGCUAUGGCCUCACCAGCAUCGGCUGCAUCAGCGGUAAGCCCAACAACACUUAUUGCACCCCCCCUCACUCCUUUCCCUGCCAACCCCUCUCCCUUCUCUCGUACCCGCUUGUGUUCACUGUCCACUAACAAUACCGUUUACACCCCUGCCAUCCUGACUUGUAUCGUCCCCUCUGUCUCUUCUUCCACCAUGCAGGCUGCUCUGCAUGCCUUUGCCCGUGCCCUGCCCACCGUCUCCUCCACCAGCAUCACCUUCUACGAUCAGCCCAACUACACCAUCACGCCCACCACCUUCACCACACGCCUUGACUUCAACGCCUGCACCACCCUCCCUGCCUUGGUUGCCUCGAGAGUGCGAUCGUAUCUGCGCAUAGACGGGGUUCCUGGAGGGAUGGGGGAGUGUGUGGCUCUCAACCAGUACAGCCAGGAGGGGUGUGUUGGAGCGUACACUUCGUAUAACGGCAUGUCAACACCGACUGGAAUGGGUGCUGUGGGUUACGUUAACUUAACCAUGUAUCCGUUCCGUUCCUUCAGCUGCUUUGGUAUCGAGCGGUGUGCAAACAAGAUCUGCGGAGGCAACGGCACGUGUGUUCAGGACAGUGCCGGAGUGCCCACCUGUGUUUGCAAUGCUGGCUUUCUUCUGCAGCCCGACGGUGUGACUUGUGCUGGCAAGGUUCCUGGAGGGCUGGGGGAUUGCGUUUCUGUGUAUCAAUACAACCAGGAGGGGUGCGCUGGGCCGUACACCCCAUACGCCACUGCUACAGGUGGAACCGGCAUGAGUGCCGUGGGUUACAUGAACUAUACUGCAAAUCCUUACCGUUCCUUCAUCUGCUUUCAUUGA